AUUCUUCUUCUCAUUCCAAGUUAUUCAAUCCUACUUUUUUUUUUUAAUAGAAUCAAACACUUAAUUUUUCAAGAAAAAUGAGAGAAAUCCUUCAUAUUCAAGCCGGGCAAUGCGGAAACCAGAUCGGUGCAAAAUUUUGGGAGGUGGUUUGUGAUGAACAUGGAAUCGACGCGAGUGGGAAGUACUACGGAAACAGUCAUGUGCAAUUAGAGAGAGUGAAUGUGUACUACAACGAGGCCAGUGGUGGUCGAUAUGUCCCAAGAGCUGUAUUGGUCGAUCUAGAGCCAGGUACCAUGGACAGUCUGCGCGCCGGACCUUACGGGAAAAUUUUCCGCCCCGAUAACUUUAUCUUCGGUCAAAACGGUGCUGGAAACAAUUGGGCCAAGGGACAUUACACCGAAGGUGCCGAGUUAGUUGAUGCAGUUCUUGAUGUUGUUCGUAAGGAAGCUGAGAACUGCGACUGCUUACAAGGAUUUCAAGUAUGUCACUCGCUUGGAGGUGGUACCGGAUCCGGUAUGGGUACUUUAUUGAUAUCAAAGAUCCGAGAGGAAUAUCCAGAUAGGAUGAUGUUGACAUUUUCAGUGUUUCCAUCACCGAAGGUGUCAGACACGGUGGUUGAGCCCUACAACGCCACCUUGUCUGUCCAUCAGUUGGUCGAAAACGCUGAUGAAUGUAUGGUGCUCGAUAACGAAGCCUUGUAUGAUAUAUGUUUCCGAACCCUAAAGCUCACAAACCCAAGUUUUGGGGACUUGAACCACUUGAUAUCAACUACCAUGAGUGGGGUCACUUGUUGCCUCCGUUUCCCUGGUCAACUCAACUCCGAUCUCCGGAAGCUCGCCGUGAAUCUGAUUCCAUUCCCACGUCUCCACUUCUUCAUGGUCGGAUUUGCACCGUUGACCUCCCGUGGAUCACAGCAAUACCGUGCCCUAACCAUUCCGGAGCUCACCCAACAGAUGUGGGAUUCCAAGAACAUGAUGUGCGCCGCCGACCCACGUCACGGCCGCUACCUCACCGCCUCUGCCAUGUUCAGGGGCAAAAUGUCCACCAAAGAAGUCGACGAGCAAAUGAUCAAUGUACAGAACAAAAACUCAUCUUAUUUCGUUGAAUGGAUCCCUAAUAAUGUGAAAUCGAGCGUCUGUGACAUCCCUCCGACGGGGUUGGCGAUGUCGUCGACUUUUAUGGGGAAUUCGACAUCUAUUCAGGAGAUGUUCCGGCGAGUUUCCGAACAGUUCACUGUGAUGUUUAGGAGGAAGGCUUUCUUGCAUUGGUACACCAGUGAGGGGAUGGAUGAGAUGGAAUUCACGGAGGCAGAGAGCAACAUGAAUGAUUUGGUGUCGGAGUAUCAGCAGUAUCAGGAUGCGGUGGCCGACGACGAUGUUGAGGAUGAUGGGUACGGGGAAGAAGAAGAAGAAAAUUAAGUAUGAAUAUUAUUUUAUUUUAUUUUGGGGUAUGCUGAGUAUUCGAAAUGAUUUUUAUAUCGUGUGGUAUUUUGGGUCUAUAUGAGUGUAUUGUGAAUAAGAUAUUGAUUUAUUGUC